AUGUUGUCUGCUACACCAGAACGACAAAGUGGAUCAAUUUCUAGAGUAAAAUCGCCACGAACUCCAACCUCUUCGGAAAAUGUUGCGUCUCUAAGAAUAAAAGAAGCAGUUACAAACAUUCUAGAGCAUCACCGCAAGUGGAUACAAGCCACAGAGAAGGGCGCUACAUACUGCAACGCGAUUAAACAAAUCAAAAAAAGCGCGCAACAGAGAUCGACAUCAGCGGACAACCCUUACCCGGAAAAUUUACAAAUUUACUGCAAAAAUCUAAUGGUAAUGGUUUCGAUCAUGGAAGAUGUUGAAGCAAAAGCGUUUGCAAUACUAGAGCAAAUAAAACCUCUUCACGAAUUCUUUUCUGAAUGCGACAUAAUUGGUUGCACCUGGAACUACCGGCGAACUUUGAAUAGUGUUGAAAGCAUCAUAGCUUCGUACAAAAAGGAGCUUGCUUAUCGUAAAUAUAUCGCAGAAAACAUCGGACACACACAAACAAAUGAUCAACUACUUCUGUUUGUAUCUGGCUGGAAUCAUGGUAUCGACGUUGCACGGGAUAGAGAGUUGCUUAUCAAAAUGCUAAAAUUCGAAUUUAAGUUACCAUCAUGAAAGUGUUGAGAGUCUACGACUGUAAGUAGUGUUUUGUGAUAACUCAUUGGCUCUUAAUAUUUCGGUAAAGAGACGAAGCAACAGCGAUAUUCAUGUCGGCUAUCUUUAUUUGCUUACAGUACUAUUAUCACAAAAAUAAAACCAUAGCUAGGGCAACA